CGUGAAGUGCUCUCUGGUUGUGUUUGUGCGGUGUCACGUGGGUAACGCGUCUUCCUCCUCCGGACUGGUUCAAACCGACAGAAAGCUGUCCUGCUGGGAGACGCACAGUCUUCAGCCUGCACACAGUGAGAGUCCCACACACACCCAGCUCCAGACGUUAACCCCGGUAUGUCCUCACUCUGUGUCCUGAGGACUCGUUGCUUCCUCCGUCAGGUCCUCCCCGGCCUGCCCGCCGCCAUGCACAGACACUACAGCCUGGACGUGUCCGCUCCGCUGCUGAGGACGCAGGGCUACGUGGACGGUCGCUGGGUGUCUGCAGCCUCGGUGUUUCCCGUGCUGGACCCGGCCACCGGGAAGGAGAUAGUCCGGGUGUCAGACUGUGGCCCGGCUGAGGCCAAGCAGGCUGUGGACGCUGCGUAUAAGGCGUUUCAUUCCUGGAAGCAGUACAGUGCUAAGGAGAGGAGUGUCCUGUUGAGGAAAUGGUUCGACCUGCUGACGCUGCACAAAGAAGACCUCGCCAAACUGAUCACCUUCGAGAGUGGUAAGCCCAUGAAGGAGUCUCUCGGGGAGAUUGCGUACUCCGCCUCCUUCAUGGAGUGGUUCUCAGAGGAGGCGCGGCGAGUGUACGGUGACGUCGUUCCAUCACCUGCCAGAGACCGAAAGAUCCUCCUCCUCAAGCAGCCGGUGGGCGUGGCCUCCAUCAUCACACCGUGGAACUUCCCCAGCGCGAUGAUCACCAGGAAGGUUGGAGCUGCUCUGGCUGCCGGCUGCACGGUGGUGGUGAAACCAGCCGAGGACACGCCGCUGUCAGCACUCGCUCUGGCUGAGCUGGCGGAGCAGGCAGGGAUUCCUGCCGGGGUCUUCAACGUGGUUCCUUGCUCCAGAGAGAAGACGCCGUCAGUCGGGCAGGUUCUCUGCACUGACCCACUGGUGGCCAAAAUCUCCUUCACUGGAUCCACCGCCACUGGCAAGUUGCUGCUGAAAAUGGCCGCCGACACAGUUAAGAAGGCGUCCAUGGAGCUGGGAGGCCACGCCCCCUUCAUCGUGUUUGACAGCGCUGAUGUCGACAAAGCGGUGGCCGGGGCCAUGGCGUCCAAGUUCAGGAACUCUGGACAGACGUGCGUGUGUUCCAACCGCUUCCUGGUGCAGAGCGGCAUCCAUGAUCGCUUCAUGGAGAAGCUGGGCAAAGCGAUGGACACCGAGCUCCGCCUGGGUCACGGCUCGGAGCCCGACACCACCCAGGGGCCACUAAUCAACGCCAGAGCUGCAGAGAAGGUGGCCCAUCAGGUAUCAGAUGCAGUGUCCCGGGGAGCGAAGGUGUUGAAGGGCGGGAAGCGUCUGGAGGGGUCCUUCAUGGAGCCCACUCUGCUGGCCGACGUCACCACAGACAUGCUCUGCACCAGGGAGGAAACCUUCGGCCCGCUGCUGCCCGUCAUCAGGUUUAACACAGAGGAAGAGGCUCUGGCUAUCGCUAACGCGUCUAAUGUGGGGCUGGCAGGUUACAUCUUCUCGCAGGACGUGAGUCAGAUCUGGCGGGUGACGGAGGAGUUGGAGGUGGGGCUAGUUGGAGUCAACGAGGGCCUCCUGUCCACCCCAGAGGCCACAUUCGGCGGGGUCAAACAAUCCGGUUUGGGCCGUGAAGGCUCUAAGUACGGCAUCGACGAAUAUUUGGAGAUCAAGUACAUGUGCUUCGGAGGCCUGAAACCCUGAAACAGGACAGAGUGACGCCGCAGCUCCAGUGGUACCACACACUGAGUUACACAGUAAUCAUUGAAGGUGGUCAGAACUGUAGAUCUCAGGUUUGAAUUGAUUUAAGAUAACAGAAAAUAACCUUUUAAUCAGAGUCCAGGGGGCCAGACGAAAGCGUCUCUGAACUGCCCUUAAAAUACCUUAAAUCUAACCUGACAGUGAGCAAACCAGUCGGUAACUUUUCACUUACCAUAAAAUGUUUUUUAUCAUCCCAUCGGACGUUCAUCAUUAGCUGUCAGGAGGAGGGGCAGCACUCUGAUCAGACGGGUCAGAAGAGUGAAACAGGGUCUUUAAUUUGCCUUUUCAUGAGAAACUGUUUAUAUAACUGUUUAUAUAAAAAAAAUCAUUACGGCAAUAAUGAUCUCAUCUGUAUCUGAUGGCAUCAGAUCAAAAUAAUUUUUAUGAAAAGCGGAACAUUUUUAUGCUGAUCAAGAUUCACUUUAUUUUCCCACAGUGUGGAAAAUUUGUCUCGGACCCUGCACCCAAACUGCAGCCAUAGAAGUACAACGUACAACAUAGAAAAGUCAACAUUAUACCCAACAUAAUAAGAAGCACAAAAAGAUAAAUAAAUAACAUCAUACGCUAGAAAUAUCAAAAUGCAAAUCAAAUCAUCAUAAUCCAGUGCCAGAUCUGGCUUUAUCUGCCAUUAUUUAGACUGACGUAUGAAUUAAUGUUUAAAUCUGUUCAGUGUGCAGCGAGGCGCUCUAAAUCUCCUCCCAGAGUGCAGCAGCUUGGACUGUGUGUGCAGAACAUGAGAUGAUCUUAUUGACUCGACUCAAAGCAGCUACAUACUGUGCAUUGACUAUAUAACACCUUAUCUAAUAUUAUAUUUGGGUUGAAUUACAGUGAGAUAAUUGCUGAUAUAAGACAUUCAUAUUCAAGGGUUUAAAAACUAAUAAUUACAACUUGGAAAAUGACACAACUGUUAGUUACAAGUCAGAAACUCCUAAUUUCAGUAUCUCAGAUAUGACAUGAACGUGACAUUAUCAUUUUUCCUCAAAUAAUAAAGUGAACAAAAGUGAAUUUGCUCCAGUAGCAUGUGAAGUUUUUUGAUAAAAAAGGUAAAGACGCUGCGACACGGCUCACUUGGUAGAAAAGAAAGAUGCUGUGAAAGAAAUAAUCAAAAUGCACAAAAGCUUUUGAUAGAUUUUUGUAAAAUCGUUUUUUGUGUUGCGAAUCCUGACGUCCUGUUGUCGGCCUGUUAGUGUAAAAUCUGUAUUUUUGUAAUAUUAAAACAGGAGGGGAGAAAGGAAUAAAUGUAAGUAGAAGAUAUAAUAAAUUAUUGUAGGAUAGUAGUUUAAUAAUUAACUUUUCAUUGUGGAGAUUGAUGUUGUUUGGCAGGUUUUAUUUUAAACCUCUGACAGAAGUUAAACACAGGAAGCUUUUUUUUCUUGAGCCUUCGUUAACUGAAGUUAAAAUCAUGGUUGCCAACGUCACAAGUGCCCUGUAACAGAUUAUUAACUCUUACAGUGUUGAACAACAGUGCAGUGCUGCUUUUGGGGAUUUUAGGUUUGUUACAGAUUAUUAGAAACACCUGAAAAUAAUGCAGUCCAGUACAACACCACCACUGACUAUGAUCUCGAUACUAAAACAUAUAAUUAAAUUAAACCUCUAACUGUGUCGACAAAAACUGAACAUCACAGGCAUCAUGAGCGGUUGUAUUGGAUUGCAUUAGACUGUAUGGGUGUACCUAAUUCAUUGGACACUGAGUGUGUGUGCUUUUGUCUUAUUGACUGUUGUCCACAUCUGAAAACUGGGGCCCAUGUUUCCUCCUGCAGAAUCCUAAAAAAAUCUUAAUUUCUCUCAUUUUGAGCUGAAGAUCUGAUGCUGUUUCUGUUCUUUGUUUUUUACAGCAAAUUUUGUUCCUAAUUUAAAGUGAAAUUGGUCUUAUUUGUCAUAUAAUGCUGUAGUCAUAGUUAAUGUAAAAUAUAUAUGAAUUUUAUUUUUUAUUUCUGACUGUAGAUAUUAAUGGAAAAAUUAAAGAGGAAGUUGUAAUAUUA